GGAGACGGUCCCCUGCUGCCGCCAUGCCUGAGCCAAAGCCAGCAGCCAAAAAAGCCCCCAAAGGGAAAGAAGCCCCCAAAGAAGCUCCCCCAAAGGAUGCUCCUGCAGAGCCCCCCAAAGAAACUCCACCUGAGGACCAGUCCCCCACAGUGGAAGAACCCACUGGGGUGUUCCUGAAGAAGCCGGACUAUGUGUCUGUGGAGGCCGGAAAGGAUGCGGUGGUCGUGGCCAAGGUGAAUGGGAAGGAGCUCCCGGGCAAACCGACCAUCAAGUGGUUCAAGGGGAAGUGGCAGGAGCUGGACAGCAAGAGCGGCGCCCGAUUCUCCUUCAAGGAAUCUCACGACUCGGCCAGCAAUGUAUACACCGUGGAGCUGCACAUUGGGAAGGUGGUUCUGGGGGACCGUGGGGAUUACCGGCUGGAGGUCAAAGCCAAGGACGCCUGCGACAGCUGUGGCUUCAACAUCGAUGUGGAGGCUCCACGUCAGGAUGCCUCUGGACAGAGUCUAGAAAACUUCAAACGUUCGGGGGAAGAGAAGUCAGAAGAUGCAGGUGAGCUGGAUUUCAGUGGCCUGUUGAAGAAGAGGGAGGUGGUUGAAGAGGAGGAGAAGAAGAAAAAGAAGAAAGAUGAUGAUGACCUUGGUAUCCCACCUGAGAUUUGGGAGCUCCUGAAAGGGGCCACAAAGAAGAGCGAGUAUGAGAAGAUUGCCUUCCAGUAUGGCAUCACUGACCUUCGCGGCAUGCUGAAGCGGCUCAAGAAGGCCAAGGUUGAGGUCAAGAAGAGUGCAGCCUUCACUAAGAAGCUGGAUCCAGCCUACCAAGUGGACAGGGGCAACAAGAUCAAGUUGGUGGUGGAGAUCAGUGACCCAGACCUUCCUCUUAAGUGGUACAAGAAUGGCCAGGAAAUCAAACCAAGCAGCAAGUACGUGUUUGAGAAUGUUGGCAAGAAGCGAAUUCUCACCAUCAACAAGUGCACGCUGGCAGAUGAUGCUGCUUAUGAGGCGGUUGUCAAAGAUGAAAAGUGCUUUACUGAGCUCUUUGUGAAAGAACCUCCAGUCCUGAUCGUCACACCCUUGGAGGACCAGCAAGUGUUUGUUGGUGACCGUGUGGAAAUGUCGGUGGAGGUAUCAGAAGAGGGUGCUCAAGUCAUGUGGAUGAAGGAUGGCGUGGAGCUGACCCGAGAGGAUUCCUACAAGGCCCGGUACCGCUUCAAGAAGGACGGCAAGCGACACAUCCUCAUCUACUCAGAUGUUGACAAGGAAGACGGGGGUCGCUAUCAGGUCAUGACCAACGGCGGCCAGUGUGAGGCUGAGCUCAUCGUGGAAGAGAAGCAGCUGGAAGUGCUGCAGGACAUCGCCGAUCUGACGGUGAAGGCCGCCGAACAGGCCGUGUUCAAGUGCGAGGUGUCUGACGAGAAGGUGACGGGCAAGUGGUACAAGAAUGGGAUUGAGGUUCGCCCCAGCAAGAGGAUCACCAUCUCCCACAUCGGGAGGUUCCACAAGCUGGUAAUUGACGAUGUCCGUCCAGAGGAUGAGGGCGACUACACAUUCGUGCCUGACGGCUAUGCCCUGUCCCUCUCGGCCAAGCUCAACUUCCUGGAAAUUAAGGUGGAAUAUGUACCCAAGCAAGAGCCACCAAAGAUCCACCUGGACUGCUCGGGGAAGACCUCGGAUAAUUCUAUUGUGGUUGUGGCUGGAAACAAGCUAAGGCUGGACGUGGCCAUCACCGGGGAGCCCCCUCCCGUUGCCACCUGGCUGAAGGGAGAUGAGGUUUUCUCGAGCACCGAGGGCAGGGUCCACCUUGAGCAGCGGGUGGACUGCAGCAGCUUCGUGAUUGAAAGCGCUGAGCGAGCGGAUGAGGGACGUUACACCAUCAAAGUCACCAAUCCCGCAGGCGAGGACGUGGCCUCCAUCUUCCUGCGAGUUGUGGAUGUCCCAGAUCCCCCAGAGGCCGUGCGGGUCACCUCAGUUGGAGAGGAUUGGGCUGUCCUGGUCUGGGAGCCCCCCAAGUACGAUGGUGGCCAGCCUGUCACUGGGUAUCUCAUGGAGAGGAAGAAGAAGGGCUCUCAGCGCUGGAUGAAGCUGAACUUUGAGGUCUUUACGGAGACGACCUACGAGUCCACUAAGAUGAUUGAGGGCGUGCUCUAUGAGAUGCGGGUCUUUGCCGUCAAUGCCAUUGGAGUCUCCCAGCCCAGCAUGAACACCAAGCCUUUUAUGCCCAUUGCGCCCACAAGCGCACCCUUACAUCUGACGGUAGAGGAUGUGACAGACACCACCACCACGCUCAAGUGGAGGCCUCCAGACAGGAUUGGGGCAGGUGGCAUCGACGGGUACCUGGUGGAGUACUGCCUGGAGGGAUCAGAGGAAUGGGUCCCCGCUAACACGCAGCCCGUCGAGCGAUGUGGCUUUACCGUCAAGGAUCUCCCCACUGGAGCAAGAAUUCUCUUCCGGGUCGUCGGGGUCAACAUCGCAGGUCGCAGUGAGCCGGCCACCCUGGCCCAGCCGGUCACCAUCCGGGAGAUCGUGGAGCAACCCAAGAUCCGCCUCCCUCGCCAUCUUCGCCAGACUUACAUCCGGAAAGUGGGGGAGCAGCUCAACCUCCUCAUCCCCUUCCAGGGAAAGCCUCGGCCCCAGGUGGUGUGGACGAAGGGUGGCGCCCCGCUGGACUCAUCACGAGUGCACGUGCGCACCAGCGACCAGGACACGGUGCUGUUCGUGCGCCAGGCCGCGCGCACUGACUCCGGGGAGUAUGAGCUGAGCGUGCAGAUUGAGAACAUGCAGGACACGGCCACCAUCCGCAUCCGGGUCGUGGAAAAGGCAGGGCCAGCAGAGAACGUGAUGGUGAAAGAGGUGUGGGGCACCAAUGCCCUGCUUGAGUGGCAGCCCCCCAAAGACAAUGGGAACAGUGAGGUCACUGGCUACUUUGUCCAGAAAGCCGACAAGAAGACUAUGGAGUGGUUCAACGUUUAUGAACACACUCGCCAAACCUCCUGCACUGUGUCCGACCUCAUUGUGGGCAAUGAGUAUUAUUUCCGCGUCUACAGUGAAAAUAUCUGUGGACUCAGCGACUCACCUGGCGUCUCCAAGAACACAGCCCAUAUCCUUAAGACAGGACUUACCUUCAAGCCACUUGAGUACCAGGAGCAUGACUUCCGGACAGCUCCCAAGUUCCUGACACCCCUGAUUGAUCGCGUGAUCGUGGCUGGCUAUGCUGCUGCUCUCAACUGUGCUGUCAGAGGCCACCCCAAGCCGAAGGUGGUCUGGAUGAAGAACAAGAUGGAGAUCCGUGAAGACCCCAAGUUCUUGAUGACCAAUCACCAAGGGGUCCUGACCCUCAACAUCCGCCGCCCCUCCCCGUUCGACGCAGGAACUUACUCCUGCCGGGCGGUCAAUGAGCUCGGGGAGGCAUUGGCCGAGUGCCGGCUGGACGUCAAAGUGCCACAGUGA